CCGAUCGGCGCUGCCACGAAAUAAUAAAUUUGAAUUUGUAACGUAUCGCUCAAUGUUUUUCACCUGUGCUCUCAUUUUUCGUCUGACAGCGUCUGACAGCUUUCUCUUCCAGGAUGGUCAAUAUGACUGAUAUUCUGACAAGGGAUAGAAAAGAGGAUAUUAAAAUAUCUGCAAAGGAUAUGGAUGAAGAACGCAAGAGAGAUUUGUCAUAUCAGUAUCUCUGUCAUUUGGAAGAAGCUAAGAAAUGGAUGGAAGCCUGCUUGAGAGAGUCGUUACCUCUAUCAACAGAGCUGGAAGAGAAUCUUCGCAAUGGUGUAUAUUUGGCCAAACUUGGACACUUCAUGGCACCUAAUAUUUUACCAUUUAAUAAAAUCUAUGAUUCUGAACAACGUAGGUACAAGGCUGCAGGAUUGCAAUUCCGUCAUACCGAUAAUAUAAACUAUUUUCUGAAAUGCUUGGAAUCUGCACAAUUGCCAUUGACAUUUUUGCCAGAAACGACAGAUAUAUAUGACAAGAAAAAUAUGCCACGAUUGAUAUAUUGCAUCCAUGCUCUCAGCAAGCAUUUAUUCAAAUAUGGAAAAGCACCACCAAUGCCUGAUUUAUAUGGAAAAGUUAAUUUUUCUGAGGAAGAGAUCGAUGCCAUUAGUAAAGAAUUACAGGAACAUGCCAUCCAAAUGCCUGCUUUUCAAAAAAUAGGUGGUUUGUUGACAAAUAGUAUUGCUAUAGAUACAGCCACUCUUCAUGCCGCUGUGGUUGCAAUUAAUCAAGCUAUAAUAGAUAAUGACAAUGAUAAAAUUUUACAAAAACUUCGAAAUAAAGAAAUGCAAUUAAGUAACGUUAAGUCUUCAUAUAUAGAGAAGUAUGCCAAGGCAUUAUCGGAAGCUAAAGCUGCAAAAGUAGAGGCAGCGCUUAACAAGUCCCUCAAUGAUAGUUACGUAGUGGAUGUGUACGAUGAAUUAUUAACACAAGCAGAAAUACAGGGACAUAUUAAUUAUGUAAAUGCUUCUUGUGCAUUGGAAAUUAUUGUUUCAUCUUUAUCACAUGAUGACGCUGAAUUAAUAACAGUUUUAAAAGUGCCAACAUUAUCUUUCAAGAAUAUACUUUCUGAGAAUGUUAAAGAUUACAAGGAACAAUUGACGCUGAUGUUGGAUAAAUUUGAAUGGAAUGACAUGUAUCCAUCUGAAAGCAUUCAAUACUGGACAGAUAUAUUUCAAAAAGCGAUUGACAAAGGAAACGAAAAUGCACAACGACGUCGCAAACGAGAGGAAAUCGUAAAAUGUCUAAAUAUAGCUUUAGAAUCUGCAGAUAAAAAGUUUUAUGAAAUUUUACAAAACCCUUAUCUAGAAAUCUCUCACUAUAUCGAUGAAUUUGCAGUUCCAUUGUAUUAUCAAGAGAUGAAGGAAGAUCAUAUAGAUUCUGAGAUUAAUAUUACUUAUGAAGACAUAAUAGUUUGCAUCCCUGUCUUAUCUAUCAUUGCUGCUAUCACCAAAGCGGUGGACACAGGAAAUCCAGAUUUCAUAUAUGAAAAGCUGUCGAAUCCUAAUGCACGUUUAAGUGGAUUAGAUGAAUAUAACAAAGUGAAGUAUGCUCGAGCAUUGAUGAUGGCUCGACAAACAAAGCUAAAAGUGUCCCAAGAAUGCUCUCUGUUAACUUAUAGCGACAUUCAAGAAUGCAUUGAUUCGGUGAACGCACAAUGUGACGAAGGUUUUGAAGUUAUAGAGAUUUUGCAGCAGAUUAAUCGAGCUGUAGCGACAAAUGAUUAUGACAGUAUGAUGAAAGCUUUAAAAACAAUUACCGCGAAAUUUGAUAUACCUACAUAUCCAUAUGACGCAGAGUUUUAUUUACAAUUAUUCAAAAAACGUUUACUUGAGAAAGACUCUGAUGGAUCUGAAUUAUGGUUGGACGAUGUCAAAACCGUAGCGAAGACAGUGACAUCAGAGCUCGAGGAAAUCCAAGAAACGAUAUUAUUUCUGUGCGAUAUCAACACGUAUAUAGAGAACGAUAAUAUGAUAGAAGUUCUCAACUGUUUGGAAACGCUCAAUAUAUUUAAAAAAUGUAAAGGAUUUACUAAAGAAUGUCAAGAGAGAUGUUUUCUAGAAUUACGGAAGUUACAGAGACAGAAGCGCAAAAUAUAUAAUUGUCCAUAUAUUUGCUAUACUAGUAACGAAGGAAAUAAAAUUUAUAUCGACUUGAAAGCUGGAAAAUAUACGUGGCAACGACCGGUAUAUUUUAACAAAACUUGCUAUCUCACUAUAGAUGAUAUAAACGAAACAAUUAGAUCUGUCAUAGCAGAGAAACGGGAAGAAGAUUAUAUGAUAUAUGAUCAAAAAGUACUUACUAAAUUUCAAGCAUAUAUUAGAGGAUAUUUAUUGCGUAAAAGAAUUGCUGAUAAAUAUGCUUAUUUCAAUAAUAAUCUAAGAAAAAUUAUUAUGAUACAAGCAUGGUGGAGAGGCAUCAGGCAACGUAAAAAAUAUCGCAAGUUAUUGGAAAAGAAACAAAUGUUGGUACAUCAGAAAAAAUUUUUACACAACAAAACAUAUAAGAAUAACAGAUCGUGUCAGAAUAAAUUACUAAAUACAAAAACACACGACAGAAAUGAUAAAUUAAGUCGAUAUAAAAGACACGAAGAUAAAAUAAUCAAGUUACAAGCUCUAUGGCGGGGUCGUGCAUCGAGGAAAGCUUUUCGUUCCCUGUUGCACUCGGAGAAACCGUCGUUUCCUGUGGUUAGAUAUUUUUCAACGUUGUUAGGUUUCAGCGCGGAGGAUUAUGACAAGGACUUGGAAUUACAAAAAUUAAAACACGAAGUUGUUCAAUGUAUAAAGCAUAAUCAAAAUCUGUCGGAGCAAUUGAACAACAUGUUCAUUAAAAUAGGACUGCUGAUCCAAAAUAGAAUAGCAUUACAAGAUGUAGUGGCGCAUGGGAAAAGUCUGGAUACUCUUGCGAAGGAGAAGAAUGCGAACAAGGACCAAAAUGUCUUGAGCGAUAUCACUGCGACGGCAUACAAAGGUCUCAAAUCAUUAACGAGGGAAGGUCGUAGAAUGUUAGAGGGCUAUCAACAUCUGUUCUAUGCUUUACAGACAAAUCCACAAUAUUUGUCUAAAUUGUUAUACUUGCCUCCUAGUAACAAAUCGAACAAAUUGUUCCUGAAGAAUAUUAUUCUGACGCUAUUUAAUUUCGGGUCAAAUACACGGGAAGACUAUCUACUGUUGAAGCUCUUUGGUUGCGCGUUGAGAGAAGAGAUUAAGUGCAAUUGUCAUCAGCCCUCCGAUGUGUUAACCGGCAAGCCUUUAGUUCGCGAAAUGGUGGUCAAUUACGCGAAACAAUACAAUAGUCAGACAUCGUUGAAGCAGAUCGUAGGCCCAUUGAUCGAAAAAGUGCUGGAGGAAAAGGAUCUGUGUAUAGAAACAAAUCCGGUAGACAUAUAUAAAUUUUGGCGAAAUAAGCUAGAAAUGGAAUGCGGCCAGUCUUUGGAUAUGCCACACGCGGUAUCUCAGGAGCAAGCACUGAAACACAUCCCAGUACAGGAAUCGCUCACGAGAGCGAUAAAUCAAUUGAAAAAGAUAUCCCUCGAGUUUCUAGACAGAAUAACGCAAUCCCGUGAUCUCAUCCCUUAUGGGAUGCUGUAUGUCUCGAAGGUGCUGUACAACACACUGAUGGAAAAAUUUCCGCAUGCUCCCGAGAAAGAUAUUUUAAAGGCGGUCGGCAAUUUGAUAUACUAUCAUUUUAUCAACGCCGCGAUUGUAGCACCAGACACCUUUGAUAUCGUCACAUUACCGGUUGACAGAACAUUGUCCUCCUGCCAAAGGAAGAAUCUAGCGAGUAUAGCCAAAGUACUUCAAUUCUCUACCUCGAAAAAAGGUUUCGGCGAAGAGGCACCACAUUUGGAAUGUUUGAAUCAAUUCAUAAUUGCCUGUCAUGAGAAGUUCAAGAAUUUCUUCCGGUAUUGUUGUCAAGUGGAGAAUCUCGAGGAACAUUUCAAUAUUCACGAAUAUACGGAGGCAACGCUCAUACAAAAUCCGGAGAUAUGUAUAUCCUUGCAGGAAAUAUGCGAGAUGCAUGCUUUAAUGUUAAACUAUGAGGAUCAGAUAGCGCCGGAUCCCUCCGAUCCUCUGCACGAUCUGUUGGACGAUUUGGGCCCGGCGCCGACCGUGGCAUCGUUGCUCGGAAUAUCUAAAACGAUGUACGAGGCAAAUUUGGCACGAUACAGCAAGCAGGAGGUGUGCUUGGUAUUGGCCAACAAAUUCCAGGUGCCGCGGGACGAUGAUACGAAUCUGAGCAACCUUUUUGUGAAGGCGAAAGAAUUACUUGUGUCAGUUAUUCCGUUCUUGAAGAAGCCAACUCUAGUGGAGUCCUUGGAAACCACGUCCUCUCCGAUGUGUGUGAAAUUGUUCGACUACUCGUCCAUGUCGCCAACGAUUCGCGAAAGUUCGUCUAUAAACGACUGCAAGAUGCAGUUGCGCGCGUAUCUCAAUAAGCUUGAACUCGAGGGAUGGGUAAGUCGCGCGGAUGGUUAUCAAACGAUCGUGACCGCGAUAGCGAGAGACAUUUGUAACAAGAGCAAAUAUCGGCUUGCGAGAGACAAGGAGUUGCAGACGCUGCGGACGACAAAGGUGCGAUUAGACGAAAAGACACGGUACUACCAGGAGCAAGUCGAAUUCUACAAUGAGUACAUAAAGGGUUGCCUGCAGAAUUUGCAUAAUGGCAAAAGUUCGCUCCGUGCGUAUCAGGCAACGCAGAAGGACGCGUACACACAGUGCAAGCUGAGAUCCAAGAUGACUGUGAAAUAUUCCGCGUGGAAGUUGCACGAGAAAGGUAUACUGAUGGAGGUCGAUCAAGCAUUAAGCCCGACGGAGAUGAAGAACGUGAUCUUCGAAAUCAGCCCGACAGAGCACAGCGGUGUCUUCACCGUGCGUUGUAAGUUCAUGGGUGUCGAAUUGGAGAAGAUCGACAUCAGCAUACAAGAGCUACUUGAGCUGCAAUACGAGGGUAGACCAUGCAUGGAUAUGUUCGGUAGAGCGAAGGUCAACGUGAACCUGCUCCUGUACUUAUUGAAUCGAAAAUUCUACGGCAAAAAGAGCUGAAGGGAUCAUAUUCUUUCUGACUGAAUUCCGGAACAAUAAGAUCGAUUUACGCAUGUUACAUGUGCAAUUUAUUGUUAACACAAUAUGUUCCGAGCAAAAAGGUUUAAUCGAUAUUUUAUCACUGCGACAAAUAUUGAUGAUUCAAUAUGAUUCUCUUCGUAUUUCGAGAUUGUUUCUGAGAAUGUUGAUAUAUUCUGUUGAUAUGCAAAACUGCAUGUAAUAUGUAAAGCAGGGAGGAAGUUCGUGAGAUUUCACUUUCCUGUUCGAGAUAAAGUAAGCCAGUCUUUUUAUGCGAUGACGCAAUUAUUUACACAUGCGUCAUAUACAAAGGACCUGUUUUUUUCCUUCUCUGAUUGCAUGGCAAUUCUACUCUCUCCUUCUUUUUUUCCACUUUCUCUUUACUUUCUCCUCUUUCCUUGCCUAUAAUUAUGUACUUUUCACUUUUUGGGUGGAGAAAAAAAUAGCAAGAAAAAAAAAUUUAAGAGUUAAGAGACUAAAGUUAAGAGUUUUUCUUCCACUUUAAUACAUCACAAUAUUAAUAGACUUCUGUAAUUAAUUUUUUUAACGAUAUUUAAAAUCUCGAAAGUUUUUAUAAGGAAGAGUUAGUGUUUUAUAUGUAUAUAUUUUUUUAAUAACCUGUGAAAGAUAAGAUGUAUCUCUUAUAACUUUUUUCUGCGAUUUUAUUUUAUGUGAUGUUUUUCGACAUUUAAUAACUAUUUGAAAACGUUUUUAAUAACAUCUCACAAACUUCCAUAUUCUAGUAACAUGUUUAACAAUUUGUGUAACAGCACAAUCUAGUCUACGUUAUAACAUGCGUUUUGUAAAUAAUUAUGUUCAUGAAUAUUCGAAAUAUUAACGACGCAACAAUGAUUAUGAUUGAUAUUACAUAUAUAUAACAAGUCUUUAAAUUUACAUUCAAUUUGUAAUCACAAAUUUAUAUACAUCAAUUUAAGUGUAGAUCGACAAAAUUGCUGAUCUAAAUUGAAGGAGGAAUCUUCGACAAUAUUGUAAUAUAUGAUUUCAGCAAUCAGAAAAUAGGAUUAAGGUUCGUCAAUUUUAAUAAACAUAUUUUUAUUUACCACUUUAAA